AUGGAGCGGGAAGAACAAGUAACCUUUACCUUCUACAAUCCCAAGGUUCCCAAGGUCAAGGGGAACAGAAACUACCGAAGGCCUACCCUCCCCACCAACAAACAUCCAAGUGCCUCGAUGCCACCCGAGAGGCGACAACAGCAUGUGGAUCAGACACACGCCUACAUCCGAAUGUUCUGUAGCGGUCUCUGUGGUUUUAGCCUCCUAAUGCUGAUCUUCGUGUCCCCACUGAACUGGGUGCAGCUCCUGGUGAUCAAGAAUGGCCUUGAACUCUAUGCAGGACUCUGGAUCUCAUGCGACCAUGAGCUGUGCUGGAGCCACACCCCCAAGCCACCCUAUUACCUCCAAUAUUCCAGGGCCUUCUUCCUCAUCUCUGUCUUUACCAUACUUGUUGUCCUUGUCUGGCUCCUGCGCUCUUGCCUCCCUAAAAGAGAAAGCAUGGCUGCUAACUUGGAUCUGAAGGUAUCCAUGCUCACCUUCAUCUCAGCUUUCUGCUUGCUCCUCUGCCUCAUCCUAUUUCUGGCACAGGUUCGUGAGCAUACUAGGGGUGCCAUGGAGUCAAAUUUACUAUGGACCUAUUAUCUUACCUGGGGGAGUGACUUAUUAUACACGUUUGCAGGGAUCCUCUUCUUCCUCAACUACAUAACUUCCAGAGCUCCUCCCCUUGAUCAAAAUGUCUCUGCAGUUCCCAUAGAAAAGUCAAGGCUGGGAAUUGGUCCAGUGACUACAGUAUCGCCUGCUGAAGAUGAGGAGUUAAGGUCUCCGAUAGAAUCUACAAGUGAAAGAGAGACAAAACUACCAAGUGCAGAACUGUGAUGGCGAUAGGACAACCCAGCUACUCCUUGUCUUUAAAACAGGGGAGAAGCCAACUGAGUAGGGAGUAGUUGUGCAGAUUGGAGGAAACUCUCCAAACAUCAUGUCCAUGUUACUGAAGGAG